UCCUUCACCCGGCGCACCCCCUCCACAGUCGGGGAUAUUCCAGGGUCCUCUAACCUCCUCUUCUACACGCCUUCUUCCUACUUCCACUCCCCUUCUUCUUGUAAAAAAUACCCCCUACUCAUCAACUUCCACGGUGGGGGUUAUACUAUUGGAAAUGCAGCUGACGACGCCCGCUGGGCCACCGAAGUCGUGAAAAGGACAGGAAGAGUAGUAGUCAGCGUCGAAUACCGCCUCGCUCCCUCCUACCCCUUCCCAACCGGGAUCGAAGAUUGUGUCUCAGCUACUAUGUAUCUGUGGAAACAUGCUCAGGAACUGAAUCUCGAUAUCGAGAGGACGGCGUUCUCGGGGUUUAGCGCGGGUGGGAAUUUUUGUUAUACGGCUGCUUUUCGACUGCAUGAGGAGUUGAAGAGGCUGAGAAAUGAGGGGAAAGUUAAUGAGGAGGAGGUGGGGAGGUUGGUUAGUAUUGUGAGUUUUUAUCCCGCUGUUGACUGGACGAAAACAAGAGCAGAGAGGCAGGCAAGUAAUCCAAACUUUACGCCAAUUAUCAACCCCGUUUUCGGGACCCUGUUUGAUGACGCGUAUCUUUAUCCUCGACCGGAUAUGUCGUCUCCGUCAUUGAGUCCUGGAUUGGCACCGGAUGAGUUGUUGAGAGAUGCGCUGCCGAAGGAUUUGGUGAUCAUCACGUGCUGGGGUGAUUCGCUUUUGGUGGAGGGAGAGGAGUUUAGGGAGAGGUUGAGGGGGCUAGGGAAGAGGGUUGAUGGAUAUGUGGCUCAGGGUGUGGUGCAUGGGUGGGAUAAGUGGCCGAGUUGGUGGAGGGGGAAUAGGGAGAGGGACGAGGCGUAUAAAUCUGCCGCUGAGAGUUUGAGG